AGUCGAUUUUUUUAUACUUUAUAUAUUUUUCCAUUGGGUGGUAAAAAUUUUUUUUUGUAUAUAAAACAAAAUGAAUAACAACAAUAACAACAACAACAACAACAACAACAAUAAUAAUAAGAACGUUAAUGACUUGACCGAGUUAUUAUCGUUGCCUGUUGAUUUCACUAUGGAUCCUUUAUCUCCCUUGUCUUCUUCCAUGCCCCAAAAGAGACAAGCGUCCUUUUCCUCUGCCUCUUCUGUGUCCUCAUCAGAGUAUGACCCUUCUUCAGACUCUAUUGUCUCACUAAAGAAAUCCAGGCUCUCAUUGGACGAUAAAGACCAAAAAACCAAAGAAAGAAUCCUACGUAAUCGAGCUGCAGCUCAAGAAUCACGCGAUAAAAAGCGUCGAUAUGUCUCUGAUCUUGAGUGUUCCAACAAGAAGCUUACGGAGGAAAAUGAAAAUGCCAACAAGAAAGUAAAGACCUUACAAGAUCAAAAUGCGGUUUUAAAUUCACAGUUAGAAGCGUUCACUAGACAGCUAGCAACACUACAAGCACAAAUUAAAUUCAAUGCCACUACUCCCAUCUUGUUUAAUGACUUUUGCGAUUCAGCACGGAUCGCGAAGAAAGAAGGUUUAAAACCAUCCUGUGAAAAAGAGAAAAGUUCCCUUCUGUGUGCCUAAAAUCAACUCAAUCAAAAAUCCACCCAAUGGAAAUGCUGCACACAUACCUUCUACUUUUUCACUUUAUGACUUUUAACACUUUUUUUUUCCCUGCAGCGGAGGUUGUUGGACAAACUGAGAGUACAAAGCAAAGAACAGAUUUAUUAUUAUUACCAUCGCCCAUGUUAUCACCUAGUUUCUCCUCAGACGAAGACUCGGUCUAUUCACCAAACACACUUGUUCAAGAUUUUCAAUUAGACGACUUGUUUGAUUGGGAUGGGCAACAACAAUCCCUUGGUACAUUUUAACUUCAUCGCAAAUUUGCCCUGCUUAACUACUAUUCAUUUUCAACCACAUUUUUUUUUUACUCUUAUUGCAUUUUCUUUAUAAAUAAACUCUUUUUCUUUCUUUCUCA